AUGAAGGACAAGCUCCACGCACUCUUCCACAGAACUGCACAGCGGCAUGAUGAGGAGCCAACUUCAGCACCAGAGGUGGCUUCACUCUCACCGUGUCCUUCAACGGUGGAUUUUGUACAGAAGUCCACGGAACAGGCACAGCAACAAGUCCUUGCACCUCAUGACUGUCUGACUGUCGCUUUUCAGAAUCGUACGACUAGCUGCAAUGUGUACGCCUACGUGACCGGUCUUGCUCUAACGAAUAAUUUCGCACCUAUGUUCAUUUUGGCCGACGGCAAGACUGUAUACUUCCCCCCGAAUCCUUGCAAGAUCCUGAGCCCCGUCACGAAGGAUGUCGCCAUUCCCUUGGGCCCUCCAGGCAAUACGGUGCAAGUCACCAUUCCAAAAAUGGCCGGCGGUCGCUUCUGGUUCGCAGUCAACGGUCGCCUCACGUUCUUCAUGAAUCCUGGUCCUGCAAUUGUCGAGCCUUCGGUCACCAACCCGUCCGAUCCAAGCCACGAUGUCGACUGGUGCUUCUCAGAGUUCACCUACAACGACUACCAGCUGUUCGCAAACGUCAGUUAUGUCGACUUUGUUGGAGCACACGGUGUUAGCCUUUCUCUGACCAACUCCAACGGACAAACGCAAACGGUUCCUGGGAUGAUUCCACACGGAUUCGCAACCCUUGCGGAUGGGCUCAAGGCUCAAGCGCUGCGUGAUGGCCAGGCUUGGGACAAGCUCAUUCAACAUGUCAAUGGUCGUCCACUGCGAAUUCUGAGUCCCAACAAUCUACUCGUUUCGCAACCCGAAGUCUGGGGAGAUUACUGGCAGCCCUAUGUUGAUCAGGUAUGGGCGCGUUUUAAAAGGGAAGAUUUCAUCGUCAAUACACAAGCCGAGGCUGGCAAUCUAUGCGGUCGAGUCGAAUAUGACGAGCUCGCAUUUCCCGAAGCUGGACGAUUCUGCCGGCCGUCUGCCAGCGACAUAUUUUCCUGUUCCACUGGCCCUUUCCGUACUGGAUCCAACCCGGCACGCAACGCUGUGAUUCCUCGCCUUGCAGCGGCUUUCAACAGGACGACCUUACUGCUUAACCCUGCCCAAUUCCCUAACGGCCACUCUCCUGACCAAUAUUACCUCAAUCCAAUCACAAACUACUACUCUAAACUUAUUCACAGAGUACAGGAGGAUGGUAGAGGCUAUGCAUUUCCCUAUGACGAUGUCACACCUGAAGGGGGCGUCGACCAAGCGGGUUGCGUGAAUGACUGUAACCCUAAGUUACUGGUGGUGGGUGUUAUUGGCACCUAG